AUGAAUGGUGAGCAGCUUCAAGACUUUCUCACCGAUCUAUCGAAAACAUCCAUCAGAUCGAAUGGUCACGACGAUGUGGAGAUCACGAAGAAACUUCUUGACAAAUGGGCUCACAAUACGAUGUUGUGUGCCAACUACAUCACUGUGAAUUAUAGGGACGUUGACUUGGUACAGCCUCUUGUUGCGCAGAUUUUAGCUCUAUACUAUAGAGGAGUGCUCAGACAGUAUGCGUUGCAGUAUAUCCCGUCCUUCAUUGGCACUUACCUGUAUGCGUUAUCCAAAAGACAACAGAAGAGUGUAGCCGUAUUCGAGACCUUCUUUCUUGCUGUUUAUAACGAGGAAAUUCUAGAAGGUGGUCCCGGAUCUGACAGAUUGGUGAAAAAGGUAGUGUGGAUUAUGUUAUUAUCCAAAGAAGAAAACUAUUGCAUAGUCUACCUGGCAACAGAUGUUGUGUCUCGACACGUCUGUCUGGUUACAAUUUCAAUUUGUGAGAGCGGAUUCUCUUUCCCGGAAACGAACUUUGUUAGUAAAGUGAUGGAUUCACAACAAUCGUGUGAGGUCAUUGAGGAUCAUUCUAAGAAGCCACGUCAACACGUAAAUUCCGCCUUUCUACUGGAGCUACUAACUGGUGUCUAUAUGGCGCUUUUCAACGGUGCUCCUGAUGUUGCACUACGGGCAAUUGAUGCUGUGCACCAGCGGGCUCAGUAUGAGAUUCUUGCCGAUGUUAUUUUAGUCAGUUGUUCACAUUAUUUUUUUAGAAGUUCCUUAUUUUCUAAAGAAAAACGGCGGAAAGGUUUGGUUACUAAUGCAAGUUUACGAAUACGAAAGAUGCCAGAAGAUAUACCCAUUCAACCUGAGUUAAAAGAGAAAGAACAUUCAUCGAUACUCGAGGAGGGUUAG